CGGUUGGCUGAUUUUGCUGAGAACGUCGCAGAGCUUCCUGUUUUGUAACGAAAAUGUGCUGGUUACCAAACAUCUCCCAGCGUACCCAACAUCGACUAAGCGGAAUUGUGUUCGGGGCUGUUUAAGGUGCAGAGGCAUGGCUCAUACGUGUGUUCACUGGUUCCGCAAGGGCCUCCGGCUGCAUGACAACCCGGCCCUGAUGGCUGCUCUGAGGGACUGUAAGGAGCUGUAUCCGGUGUUCAUUCUGGACCCUCACCUCCACAACAACACCUGUGUGGGCAUCAACCGCUGGAGGUUUCUCGUCGGAGCCCUCAAAGACCUGGACUGCAGCCUCAGGGGGCUCAACUCCAGGCUGUUUGUUGUGAGGGGGAAACCAGAGGAAGUUUUUCCCGAGCUGUUCGACAGGUGGAAGGUUACAAAGUUGACCUACGAGUACGACACGGAGCCCUACAGCCUGAGCCGGGACAAAACGGUGGCCACGCUGGCCAAAGAACACGGAGUGGAAGUCAUCUACAAAAUCUCUCACACUCUUUAUGAUACAGAAAGGAUAAUUGAGGAAAACAGUGGCAAGGCUCCGCUUACUUAUAACCGAAUGCAGGUAAUAGUGAAGACUCUUGGUCCUCCUAAGAGACCCGUCCCUGCCCCGACCAUAGAAGAUAUGCAAGGUGCGAUGACGCCUUGUUCGGAAAACCAUGAGAAGAAAUACGGGAUUCCCACCCUGGAAGAGCUCGGCCAGGACGCAGCAGCUCUCGGAGAGGAGCAGUUCCCAGGAGGAGAACAGGAGGCUCUGAGGAGAUUAGACAAACAUAUGAAGAGAACGGGAUGGGUUUGCAGCUUUGAGAAGCCACAGACUUCUCCAAACUCUCUGAGCCCGAGCACCACUGUCCUCAGUCCGUACGUCACGUUUGGCUGCCUGUCUGCGCGCACCUUCUGGUGGAGGCUGGCAGAGGUCUAUCAGGGGAAGAAGCACUCCAGUCCUCCAGUCUCCCUGCAUGGUCAGCUACUGUGGAGAGAGUUCUUCUACACAGCCAGUGUAGGCAUCUCCAAUUUCAACAAGAUGGAGGGCAACCCUGUAUGUACCCAGGUGGAUUGGGACACAAACCCUGAGUAUUUGGCUGCAUGGAGAGAGGCUCGGACUGGUUUCCCUUUCAUCGACGCCAUCAUGACUCAGCUGAGGCAGGAGGGUUGGAUCCACCACCUGGCCAGACAUGCUGUGGCUUGUUUCCUUACCAGAGGAGACCUGUGGAUCAGCUGGGAAGAAGGGCAGAAGGUGUUUGAGGAGCUUUUAUUGGAUGGCGACUGGGCUCUGAAUGCCGGAAACUGGCAAUGGCUCUCGGCAAGUGCCUUCUUCCACCAGUACUUCAGGGUCUACUCCCCCGUCGCAUUCGGCAAGAAGACGGACAAAAAUGGAGACUACAUCAAAAAGUACCUUCCUCUUCUGAAGAAGUUCCCGGCCGAGUACAUCUACGAGCCUUGGAAAGCGCCACGCAGCGUUCAGCAGGCAGCAGGAUGCAUUGUGGGUAAAGACUAUCCGCAGCCCAUCGCAAAGCACGAAGUCAUCAGCAAGAAGAACAUCCAGAGGAUGAAGUUGGCUUAUGCUAAGAGAUCAGGAGACUCCGCUGAAUCAGCCAACAAAUCACCCGUCAAAAGACAAGGCACAAAGCGCAAGGCUCCGUCUGUUGUUGACAUGCUGAAGAAAAAAGACAGAAGAAAGUAACUGUACACUUAUAGAGGUUUUGGGUAACAUAUGGCUUUACAAAUCAUGUUGAUACGUGUAUGUGUGCAGGAAGUUUACUAUGUGUUUCUUUUUAUUACACUCUAAAUGGGUUAACCUUUUAUAUAUGUACCACAGUUCGUUUUUUUUUAAAUCUUUUUUACAUCUAUAUCAAUGUUUAAAAGUGAGUGUUAGUCUUGUAGAAUGUUUCAUGCAUGGAGUUAAAGCUCAAAUGUAUUGAUAAUGUCAUCUUUUCAUUAGUUUUUAUGUGCUGAAGUAGUUACUGAUUCUCAAUUGACCUUUUAUUUUCAUUUUGAUUAUAACAGUUAACACGCUAGAAAUUGUAUCUUCAUUUUUGACUCUUUACCUUGUAUGACUGCUCAGGAGUUAAUAUAUAAUUCAAAAUUGGUCAACGUCUAUGGCUCGAUGUCUAUCAUUGUUUAUAGUUAUAGUCAUAGUUUAUACUGCAUAAAAGUGAGACACCAAAUCGUUGCCUUUUACACCAGAAAAUGGAGGCACUCAAUCCAAGUUUGUGUUCCGGUGGUACUCUGGAGUUUUAUCUAAGGGUUAGUGGUAUUAGGUAACACUAAUACCACUAGAGGACACCAGACACUGUAAGUCCACCUGCUGAAAAAUCACUUUGCCCUGCAGUGUUACUGUCAACUUUUAAAAAGGUUUCUAAUAAUUAUGAAUGUAUUUGUCAAUAAUAAAUAUGAAUGUAUUUGUCAGUAGUAUGGAGUUGCAAAAUGUACAUUCAGCAGCUGUGGUCCAAUGUGAGCAACACAGAUCUUAUACUUUGUGCAUAAAAGGAACGCUUAUACUGCAAAACUGAUAUUUUCAAUAAUUUAUAUUAUCAAGCGUGUGUGUUUAUUUAUUUAUAUAUAUAUAUAUAUAUAUAUACCUACACAAAGUGUGAUGGAAUUUAAUGGAAAACGGAUUAAUGCAAUAUGUAUCCCAUUGACCAAAAUGCCCACCAAUAUGUGUGUGUGUGUGUGUGUGUGUGUGUCACACAGCUGUCUUUUGAGGCCGUGAAGUCUUCUCCUGUUUCGGCUUCCUUGGACCGGACACUGGUGUGAAAAUCCAGAUGAUGAUGUCACAGCCUCAACAGCGGGCCAGGCGGCCGUACAAAGCCCAGCGCGGUUUCCACAGAGACCUCUCAAACAUCACAACAAUCCGCUGUCCUACUGUGCCUGCGUGUUGGAGCGUCACUGAGGGUACACUUGGCACCCGGCCUGUAAAACCUCCCGCCAGAGCCACGCCGCACUGGCUGAGCUGCUUUCGCUCAUCAUAUCAGACUCAGUUGAAAGUCCGUUUUGUCUGUAUUCUGCAUUUAUGGGCCGAUAAGCUAUGCUAAGGUGCACCCAGAAAGAUUGAUUGACAUAUCAUCGCCUCCCGUCCGAGAUUGUCCGUUGGUGCGCCCCUCUCCCGUCGGCCCGUGUUGACACGACCACUCCGCGUCUUGGAUCUGGGUGCUUUAAUAUCCCAGUUGGAUUGGAACAGCAUGUUCCAGUGCAGCUGGUGCUCCAUGUAGCUUGAAAAAUAGUGAUUUAUCUUAAGAGUUUAUUUUCAGCAUCAAACAUUUAUUGCCCACUUUCUUUUAUAAUAAAUUUGUUUUACACAAA